AUGCAAAUUGUCUGUCUGUCUGUCUGUCUAUCUAUCUAUCAUUGUCAUCUAUCAAUAUCUAUCUAUCUAUCUAUCUAUCUAUCGAUUCAAUCCAUAUAUAUUUAUAUUUCAUUUCUAUCUAUCUAUAUUAUAAAUUAUCUAAACCUGUUCAUAUCUAUCUAUCUAUCUAUCUAUCUAUCUAUCUAUCUAUCUAAAUAUGUCAAUAAAUGCGAUUAUCUAUCUAUCUAUCUAUCUAUCUAUCUAUCUUCUGUUAAUACCUAUCUAUCUAUAUAUCUAUCUAUCGCUGUAUGUGUACAUCGAUCUAUCUUUCUAUCUAUCUAUCGCUGUCUGUACAUCUAUCUAUAUAUCUAUCUAUUUCUGAAUAUCUAUUACUGUAGAGAUAAAACUAAAAUUUUAAUCUUUAAUCGGACAUUAUCUAUCGUCAAUUCAUAUCUAUCUGAAUAUAUCAAUAUCUAUCUAUCUAUCUAUCUAUCUAUCUAUCUAUCUAUCUAUCGUCAAUUCAUAUAUAUAAGUUUAUCUAUCUAUCUAUCUAUCUAUCUAUCUAUCUAUCUAUCUAUCGUCAAUUCAUAUAUAUCUAUGUUUAUUUCUAUCUAUCUAUAUAUCUAUAAGUUUAUUUCUCUCUCUAUAUAA